GUGAAUGCAGGAGUGGUCAGAGGCAGUGCGCUGGAUCAGACGGGAACACCGGGAGAGACACUGCGGAGAACUCAGCCAACCAAGUUUGCGGACACGCACAUCUUCAACUGGACUUCCUACAAUCUUUACAAUUAUGGACUUUUCCUAUGUCACGCUUGUUGCGCAACAGAACGUACGGAUCCUUUGAAUUGGUCAUUUUCAUGUCUGGCUUUUUUUUUUCCUGGAAUACCGAAAUAACAAUUUGCGCAUUUGAAGGUGAAAACUGCUCUUACUUUGGUAUGGAGGCACUGCAGAGACAAGAUGAGUUCUGAUACAGAUCAUGUCGUGAACUUCUUAAGUAAUGCUUCCUCCGAACUGUCCGACGUGUCUAACUCGAGCUCCGCGGGAAACGGGACCGAACCGAGCUCGUUCAGACUCAGCCGCGCGCUUCCCCUGGGUAUGGUUCUGGGCGCUUUUAUUGUGUUUGCUAUCGUGGGCAACAUUCUCGUUAUUCUCUCCGUAGUGUGCAACAGGCACCUGCGCAUCCCAACCAACUACUUCAUCAUAAAUUUAGCCAUGGCAGACCUGUUGCUGAGCACAACUGUCCUGCCGGUGUCUGCCACGCGUGAAAUUCUCAACUACUGGGUGUUCGGGAGGAUUUUCUGUGACAUCUGGGCUGCGGUGGAUGUGCUGUGCUGCACCGCAUCCAUCAUGAGCCUGUGCGUGAUCUCCAUAGACCGCUACAUCGGGGUGCGUUACCCGCUGCAGUACCCGAGCAUUGUGACCGAGAAAAGGGCGCUCUUGGCCAUGCUGGGUGUUUGGGUUCUCGCCUUUGUCAUCUCUAUAGGACCUCUGCUCGGGUGGAAAGAGCCUCCUUCAGAGGACGACACUGUGUGCCUCAUCACAGAGGAGCCGUUUUACGCGCUCUUUUCCUCGCUCGGCUCUUUCUACAUCCCUUUAGCGGUGAUUCUGGCCAUGUACUUCCGCGUGUAUAUAGUUGCCAAAAGAACCACGAAAAACCUCGAGGCUGGAGUGAUGAAGGAGCACAUGGACUCGAAUGAGCUGACGCUCCGGAUCCAUUAUAAAGGCUCUCAGACGCAGGAUGACUGCAGCAAAGGCCACAUGAGGAGCUCGCUGACAGUCAAAUUACUUAAGUUUUCCAGAGAAAAGAAAGCUGCUAAGACGCUUGGUGUUGUAGUGGGCAUGUUCAUUCUGUGCUGGUUACCUUUUUUCCUCGCACUACCCAUUGGGUCAUUUAACACCAGUUUACGGCCUCCUGAAACAUUCUUCAAAGUGAUCUUCUGGCUGGGCUACUUCAACAGCUGCCUGAACCCCAUUAUUUACCCCUGCUACAGCCGUGAGUUCAAGCAGGCCUUCAUUCGGAUCCUCCGGUGCCAAUGUCAGCAGAGAAAACAACAGGGCUGGAGGGCGUACAACUACCGUGUCCAGAUGGGCUCGGCCAACCAGGCCUACACAGACACCAGCUCCAUUUGCAUGAAUGGCAGUCAGCAGACCCUGGCCCCAACGCACCCCAGCCCAACAUUAUUCAGCAGAGUUGUGGGCUCUCGUCCAGCAUCAGGACUUCUUCCAGGCUGGGCCCCCUGUACCUCUUCUUCCUCUUCCUCCCUAUCUGAGAGCCCUUUUCCUGGUAUGAUAAGAUCCAGCUCUAUGGCGACGAGUCCAUGCAAAUCUAACAGGAUGGCUUUGCUGUUCCCCAGUGGGCCCCAUUCCAAACGACCUCAGCAUGCCAAUGGACAGAGUGGGAAACGAGACGCAGAGCAUGAGGUGAUAUCUAGAAACACACCUGAGACUACUAUCUAGCUUGGUGUCAAUAGUGACUUACAUGCCAGUGAUUUCUCUGUCUUUCAGUUCUUUCUGGACUAAUCUGAUACAUUAUUGUAGAUGUGAAAUACAUUUGGCAUCUUGUCAUGCAUGUCUACAAUGUUUAAUUUGAGAGUUGCAGUAGCUAUGUAAGGGAUAAUGUACAGACAGCUGCUAAAUUAUUGCAAAAUUAACCCCAGCAAGGUGAUCAGGACGCAGACGUGAAUAAGUAAAUAAAUAUGUGGACGUGAUUUGAGAUAAUUAUUUUAUAAUUUUAUCUGCAUAUUGUCUUAAAGCUUCUGAUAACAAAAAAUAGUACAUUGCAAUGUACAAAUCAACUGACCUAGAAACAAGGACAACACUGUAACAAUAUUACAGUACUAUCAGUGCUUGAAAUGUGCCGGUACACGCCGGUACGUUCUCUAUUUUUACCAUUACCACCAGUUUUCCUUUCGUACAGGUGUUGUGCCGAAUUUCGACCCCCUGCCAAAUUAACCCCCUUGUUGAAGUCACUAUCUGAUUGCCUAAUCUUAACCAAAGACUAUAGAUAGAGAAAGACGGUUCACUCCUAUUACUUAUGAAUGAGAGAAACUGCAACACGCAAUAUGGCGGAAUACGUCCCGCCUUCUAUGUAAAAGAGAUAAUCGCUGAUUGAUAAAGUCAUUGCCUCACUGCAGCUGCUGUUAAAAGCUCUGAUUCCCGUAAAAACCUGAGGCUCACGCUUAGGACUGCACAUGUGCAUUGGCUUGUCUAGCCUGAAAAUUAAGCUUUUUAAUGCUAUUUGAGCAUAAGAAACAACAUUUUUGGGACAUCAUGUCAGAUUUUGUUACUGAUUUGAAAUAUGUUAUUUAAUUGUAAGUUCGCCAAGCAGUUUUUGAGAUUUCAGGAUUCCCCCAUUCAAAUAGAUAGGACUUGGUCUUGGAUGCCCGAAAUAGCUGCCUGGAGGUGUUGCAAAUAUGGCCGCUGAGUGAACAGACUUUCCUUAAAAGGGACUUUGUCUUAACCCCACCCCAAUCCUACCCCUCCCCCACCCCUACUCCUAAACCUACCAAUACUAGGGCGGGUAAUAAUCUGGCAGGGGGUCGAAAUUUGGCACAACACCAGCACUUCCGCAUGUACGGAAGCCCCCUGCGCCCUCCCUUCUUCAGUUUUGAAUUGAGCAUCGGGGGUACCGGCACUUUUAUUUUUCCACUUCAAGCAACAAGUACAAUAUUAACACUAAAGUCCUCUGAGGUCAUUUUCACCACAGAUCGGCAGCUAAGACGCAGUUGCGUUUGUGUAAAAUGAGAGACAGUGAGACUGUGUACAUUAAAUAUUUUGACCACUUUGCCAUACAUGAUGGGAAAUAUAGAGGGCAUUAGUGCCCGCCCACUUUUUCAGUAGCCUUGGUUCCGGAAGUAUUUUUCCUUCUAUUUUCCCAUAGGGGUUUUUAAAAAGUCUCUAUUAAAAACUUAUAAGCCAUGAACCAAACCAACCAGCUAUUAGGUGAAUCAUAACAUUACAAACUUUGAUUUGAUGAAAAUUUGAAAAUCGGACAAAAAGACAAAAGUACUUAACGGCUUUAGUGGGGGAAAGAACUACAAUACCAUGGCGCAUUGCAAACAGCAUAAUCGAAUUAAAAGUGAUGGGGAUAUAAAAUUAUAUUGGUUAUAUAUAGAAAUAAUAUAGUUUACAUUUAUUGCAAAAUAUGUAUAAUCAGUGUUGGAGAAAAUUACUUUUAAAAGUAAUGCGUUACAAUAUUGUGUUACUCCCAAAAGUAACUAUUUGUGUUACUUAUAGAAAGUAAUGUGUUGCAUUACUUUUGUGGUACUUUUUCUCACCUGUGCUGGACUUGGUUGUUUGUUUUUUAAUAACAAAAAAACUAAAGUUCUAUUUUUGCCAAAAGUAAAGGCACUUUCAUACCAAACGUGAAGAGAAGAAGUUCAACACUUAUUUCGCAAUAAAAAAAGAAAGAAACACAAAUGUAAAGUCAUUUUUGCUUAUAAAAUAUACAGUUCCCAAAAGUCUUGUGAAAAAAUAUUUAGUAUGUGUUUUGAGGCCUUUAGUUUGGUUGAAUUAGAUCAAAGGUCAACAGCAAAGAAAUUGGUUAAUAAACUGAGAUUAAAUACAUAAAGUAUGUGUUAUUUAACAUUUAAAUUUUUUUAAUAGUUUGCAUUUCACUGUUUUUAUUCAUUUUGAGGAAUACUGAAUCUGUUUUUGUGCAAGUGCGAUGAGUAAAUUCCUGGUCACAUUUAGUCUAGAACUACAAUAACCAUCAUGUUUACACACAACGCCUCUUCACUUCAUUUCUCUCAACAUGGGGAAAGGAGAGCUGUCAGUCUAUAAAUGAGAAAACAAAGUAACUUGUGUUACUUAUUUCAAAAAGUAACAGGUAUGUUGUUGUAAAUUUAAAAGUAAUGCAUUACUUUACUAGUUAUUUGAAAAAGUAAUCUGAUUACAAAACUCACGUUACUUGUAAUGCAUUACCCCAACACUGUGUAUAAUUAGUUUGAGAGUUUAGUGAGAUUGACACUAUCACGUCAUUCGCAGUGCUUCAUGGGAGCGGGCGGGCAUAAAGAGUUGUUUUGGCAUGAUUUGCUUGUUUAGAUUCUCUGAUUGGUGGAGAUUUCUUUGCAGAAUCCUAGGUAAUAUAGUUUUUCACCAGGAAUUUCAGGAAUUUACAAAACAGGUUGAAAUCAUGCAGGCUUCAACAAAAGCAUAUCAUCAAUUAACACGUCGUUGCUCACAGUAGGUCUGCCUUUACGUUUGUUAAAAAUCAAUUCCUAUAUGGGGAAAAUGAAUAGGAUUUUUACUUCCGGAACCUGACUGUUGCACUCUAUAAGGCUAUAUAGCAGUAUUUCCUUUUUAAUGAAUAUAAAAAAAUAACUUUGCUAGAUUUACAAUGUUAAUUGUUGCAGAAAUGCAUCAUUACAUUCUGUGAAAAAUCUGGAUUGGAAAUCUGGGGUUAUUUGAUAUACCAAAAUUUGCCUUUUAACAUCCAUAUUGUGUAUUAUUGUGUACAUACUGUUUUAAAUUUGUAGAAUAUGAAGAGUCUAUAUUUGGCCUGUUUGAUUGUAGUGGCUAUGAUAGUACCGUUUGCAUGAAUAAAGGGAUCAGCGCUGCACCUGGACUUGCUGUGCACAGCUGUGGGCAACACUGAUAAAACUCAGUAUGACUUGCUCACUGGUCUGUUCACCUCCGUUAUUUAUAUCCCUUUUUGAUCUUCAUGUUAUUCAGGUUGUGUCAGGUUGUGUCAGUUUUAUAAUAAUGCUUAUUGGCCUGGUCAAGAUUAUUCUGUUAGAUUCACAGUUAGAGAUAAAUCCAUGACGCCUUGUGAUCUCCAGUUCAAUAGGCGAAGGUGUUGAGGAUGUCAGGUGUCUAAACUGGUUUUGCUUUUGGGUCAUUACAGCACACUUUUUAACAAAUCAGUGGAUGGCAUGAAAAGCUAAUGUUUGACUGAACAAUUCAAGGCACAAACCAACAUAUUGUAUGUGCUGUGAACCAGGAAAUUGGAUUCUUUCAAGGUGCAAAUGUGAUAUACAAAAAGACUUUGUACUUAAUAUGAAAAUAUGGUCAUUGGUUCUUCAUUUCCAUUCGAUUACAACCAUUCAGUGCAUAUUUAAGGAAAAUAACUUUCAAUUUCAGCCUGAAUUUUUUGUGCAAAUGAAUUUUUUAAAGGAAACAUCAGUGCAUCAUUAGCAAAAGGAGAAGGUGUGCAUUUCUACUGGUAUGUUUUUCUCCUUCACAUCUUAUUUACUAAGUGGACCAUAUAAAAUUUGUCACCCUAUAUUUAAAGUGUUAUAUUGUGUGUUAUAGUACAUAAAGACUUAUUUUUCUUUCUCUCAAGACGUGCAUAAUGAAGAAAUAAAUCUAAUUUGUGAAGGUC